UUGGAGGACGGAUCGUUGCAUACUCAACACGUUUCUUUCCUAUCUUUUAUUCCCUUUCUUUCUCUCUAAUAAAACGCUAAAAAAAGGCCUUCUCCUCUUGCCAUAGUGUUCAGUGAUCAUAAGUUCAUAACAAGAAAGGAAUAAGGGUAGAUAGUAAAGUAAGAUGGAUGAGUUUUCUGGUAGGAGACACAGAGUUGGGGUGGUUGUCCCCAAAAAAGGAUCUAGUCUUGUUUCCAGGGAUGCCAUUGAUAAAAGAGAACAAAAUGCUGAAUUUUGCAAUCGUAUUGGAUGCAAUGGAAGACUUAAAUAUGGAAAGAGUAAUCAAAGUAAUUGUGCUGAGAAAUACAAAAAUUCAAGGCCUUCCUGUCAUUCUUCAAAUGGCAAGCAGAUCACUGGGAGCUCCUCAAGGACUUGUUUUCCAAUUACUAAUGGAAGAAAAUCACGACAUGAUUCUGAUUCUUAUAGGAAAUCUUCGUCUAACUUAGACAAUGAUUCUGCAGAAUCUUGUGGUGUUCGUUAUGAGCCAGCUGUUACAGAACAGAACCCUUUAGUAAGUAGGAAUCACACAGUACAUCAGCCUGAUUUACAAGAUUCAAGUGCUGGUAAAGUCACACUGACAGAAGUAGGGAGUUUGACCACAGGAUCAAAUAAUAAAUCUCAUAGAAUAAUUCGUCACAAGCCUCCAUCUGGCUGUCAAAAGCCUCUUCCUGGUCCCUCUGUUACAUCUGUUAUUUCUACAUCAAAUAGUAUAGCUUCAGGGACUAGGAAGUACAAUGGGGGUUGGUAUGGUUUGAGAAAUUUAAGAUGCAACUCCAUAUCUGAUGUUAUCCCACAAGGUGGUUCAGCCUCAGAAUCUAAGGUUAAGAGGGAUGUUUUAAGAAAAAGAAGUCCUGAAGGACAAAUUGGUGCAUCUUCUUCCGGAAAAAGAGGUAACAUGGCUUGUUCUGAAGAUGGACAUGUCGCCGCCUCCAAUACAGGAAUUUCUGUCACUGGCUCAAGACAUGGUAGAAGCUGGGUUUCAAAUACUGAUUCUCGCACUGCAUCUCUGAGGACUCGGAGGGCAUUGAACUCAAAUACUAGGAUCGGGCUUUCAAAUAUUGACAACAGAAAUGCUUUAUUAACCAGUGAAUCCAGUAGCAGUAUUGCACAAUUAUCUAGACCUGAAACUCCUAAUAGUGCUAAUUUACAUAGUUUAUCACAUCAAUCUUCCAUAGAAGGUUCUUCAAAUGCUUCAAGCUCCUGUGGACUAUCUGUGAGAACUGGUGGCAAUGGAACUGGUAUAAUGUCCUUGAUGCCCACAGAGCAUGGUAUUACUCAUGCUUUCCGGCGACAUAACCUGAAUGGAGUUGCUGAGGUACUAUUAGCUCUUGAGAGAAUUGGGGAGGAUGAAGAGCUGAACUAUGAGGAAUUACUUGCUUUAGAGGAGAGGAUGGGUACUGUGAGCACAGCACUCUCGGAAGAGGCAUUUGCUAAAUGCAUCACGAAAAGCAUGUACCAGACUGCUACGGUAGAUGUUGGGGCCUCUGGAUGUAAUGAGGAUGAAGCUGAUAUUAAAUGCAGUAUUUGCCAGGAAGAGUAUGCGGUUGGAGAUGAAAUUGGGAAACUGGGAUGUGAACAUGGUUAUCACGUGGCAUGUAUACAGCAGUGGUUGCGGUUGAAGAAUUGGUGUCCCAUUUGCAAGGCUUCAGCUGCAACAUCCCAGUCUUCUUUGUCGUCCUAGGCAGGCUCAAGUGCCAAACAGUAUAAGGACGCUAAAUAGCAUACCCAUGUACAGAUUACAGUCUGGUCAUGCUUUUGCACCUCCUCCUUUUUCUCAUUUUUUUUUCUUCUGAUAUUAAUACUUCUUCGCUACAUUCAGUUUAGUAAGCAAUAACUACAGGUCAUUGGCUCUGUAACGAAUUCUAGAUUUUUCUUUUCAAUAAAAUUUUAGCUCAUCUGCUUCAAUAUCUAA